AUGGCAGAUAGUUUAAAAACUUUAUUGAAGAAGCGUAGUUCGAUAAAAUCAAAGCUUACAAUUUACAACAAUUAUUUAAAUUUAAUUAAAAGUAGUUCUGAUAUUUCUGAGUUAGUCAACGAGAUACAGGAGAGCACUUAUGGUCAUACCUGGAGCUACGUACCGUCGAGGGACAACCCGGCGGAUCUUGUUUCCCGUGGUCUUAAAGCUAACGUUAUCAAGGACACACCAAUGUGGUGGUCCGGACCCUCUUUUCUGUUGCGUAAUGAAAAUGAGUGGCCUAAAAUGCCAAAUACAGAGGAACACGAUUUGCCGGAGGUAGUGACUCAUUUCACAUGUAGUGAUAGCGACCAUCAUGUACUUAGUAAUCAUUCACAUUCAACCAUAUAUUCAUCUAUCAUUCAUCGCUUAUUAGAAAAAUAUUCUAGUUUUCCAAAAAUUCAAAGGUUGUUUGCAUAUGUACAAAGAUUUAUACAUAAUCUAAAAAAUAAAAAUAAAUUGUGUGGCGAUCUUUCCGUAACAGAACUCCAAGAUUCGUAUAAUGCAAUAAUACAUUAUUCACAGUUAGAAAUGUUUUCUGAAGAAUUUCAUCUUUUAAAAUCUAAACAAAAAUUGCCACGCAAUAGUAGAUUGAUUUCUUUGACUCCACAUAAAGCUCAAAGCGUUCAGCCUAUAAUGGGUCAACUACCUCAGUCAAGAACUCAUCUCGAAUUUCCAUUUUUAAAUUGUUAUGUUGACUACGCUGGGCCAGUAUUGGUGGCCGAUCGCAGAAGUCGCGGCUGCAAACUUACAAAAUCUUAUAUGUGCAUUUUUGUUUGCUCUGCACUGAAAGCCGUACAUUUGGAGCUCGUCAGUGACCUCACCUCUGAGGCUUACAUGGCCGCUUUAAAUCGUUUCGUGGCGCGUCGAGGCAAGCCUCAAAGCAUUACGUCCGAUAACGGGACAAAUUUCGUAGGCGCAUCAAAUGAAAUGCAUAGGUUCUUGCAUUCAUCGAGUGUUGCAUCUGAAAUCGCACAACAGGGUAUCGAAUUUAUUUUCACGCCUGCUUACAGCCCACAUUUUAAUUCACUAGCUGAGGCUGCUGUUAAAUCUUGCAAACAACAUUUAAAAAGACUUUUAAAGCUUACCCAUUUUACCUUUGAGGAGAUGGUUACUUGUCUUACGCACAUAGAGGCGGUCUUGAAUUCGCGUCCUCUUACUCCUCUCUCUUCAGACCCUAACGAUUUUUCGGCACUUACUCCCUCUCAUUUCCUGAUUGGACGACCACUCUUAUCUGUACCACAUUCCCAGGACAAGACAACACCACCGCUGCUCUGGUCCCUGGGCCGGGUCAUGACGACCUAUCCCGGCGUAGACGGAGUCACGCGAGUGGCUGAGUUGAAGACGAAGCGAGGCAUCAUUCGUCGUGCUGUCAACUGCAUCUGUCCUCUGCCAAUUGAAGAUUGA